AUGGACCAUCGCGGCUACUCCUUCUGCAUCAAGCGCUCGUGUCCUGAAACGAGCACUGUCUACUACGUCUGCAAGAGGUUCCGCAAAGGAUGCAAGGCAAAGAUAACUGUCCGAUCAGGUGCAGUUGUAGCAGACGGGGCUCUACAUACGUGCGACGUGGCGGUGCCACAUGUCAUUGAUGCUGGUUGGAACGUCAUCGGCACGGCACGUACCAACAACAACGCGGAGAAGCUGAAUGCGCUUGCUCCUUUCAAGAUCGUCGUUAUAGAUACAAGUGACGAAACCUCCAUCCUGGAGGCAGCUCGUCAGCUGGAGGGACAACCCAUCGAUCUGCUCAUCAACAACGCCGUGAAUACCGCCGGGCCAUUCCUCGUGACGCGUACGCUGCUGCCUAAUCUGCAGCUUGCAGCGAAACCCAACGGCGGCGCCUCCGUCGUGCAGCUCUCGUCAUACCUCGGAAGUAUCGGCAGCUACACGACCGAGACCACGGGCUUCUUUAAGCAGGUUGGUUAUGGAUAUUCGUCCUCCAAGGCCGUACUCAACAUGAUCACUCGAUCUCUAGCGUUCGACCUGAAGCCAAGCGGCGUCGUUGUCGUGUCGGUGCGCCCUGGUUACGUGGACAGGAACAUGACCCAGGACAAGACCCGAGGGCUGCGUGACGGCCAUGGCCAGUCUCAUCGGCAAGCUAAACCAUGA